CGACAAGGAGGAGCAGAUGAUCCUGUGCGGCGACGGCCAGAGCGGCUGCGACGCGCCAUACCACAUCUUUUGCCUCGACCCGCCGCUGAGCCGUGUUCCCGAGACCGACUGGUACUGCCACGAGUGCGACAAGGCGCGCGGCGGCACCGCCGGGCUGCCGCCGCCCCCGCCGCCACCCGGAGCUCGCAGCGUCACUGGCGCGAGGGUGGCUUUGGGCCGAGCGCGAGCAGCGCAGAGGGGCGGGAAGAGGAAGCGGAGCGGUGGCGCCGCUGCUGCGGCGCAGCCGCUUGGCGAGGUGCUGCGGGCGCUCGGCUGGCUGGAGAAGCAUGGCGCUGCCUUCGAAGCGCAGUUCGACCUGUGGGAUACGCCGGAGAAUGGCGGCUGCUCGUCCGACGACGUGCAAGCGAUGCGCGAGCUGUGGACCGAAGAGGAGAUGAGUGGCCUCGCGCGCAGCGUCGGGCUGAGCGACAGCGAGCGGUUCGAGCUCAUCUCCUUACUCAAGGGUCCACCUCCGUGGCGUUGGGGAGGAGCCCCGCCAGCUGCAGUGAGCCGCGCGCAGCGGAGCACCGCCGGGUGUGCGCACACCUUCCGCGUUACACUACACGUCACGUUAUCCUUUCAGGUAUUGUUGGAUUCGGUAUUGCUGAUCGCGGCUGAGGAUCCCUGGUACGUCAAAUACAUUGGCGUGGUCCCCUCAUGCCCCCUCCCCGCCGCCUCAUUGGACUCGGAGAAGCAGCGCAC